AAUCUUCUAGAUGAUUUGCCACCGCCACCAGAGCCCACAGAAUACAUUUCCUGCGUUCCUGGGUCAUUUCCACCGCCCCCAGAAGAAUUACCACCGCCACCAAGUCCCGUGUCAUCCAGCUACAGCGAACUACGCCGCGCCACCUACGACCCCCAUCAUCAGACAGAUUACCCACCAGACCACCAUCACCAUCACCACCACCACGACUACCCAAAUGACAUCUACGGACCCAGUUCCCAGUCUAGCUCAACUUACGAGUCGAUCUACGAGCCAAUAAACCCGCGGCCGCCUUCCCAGCUGUCCUGCAACUACUCCAUGUACUCCGGGUACGGGUCAGCGAGUACUCAGCCUCCAGGUAAAGUCUCUCCCGUAAAAGAAGUUGACACUCUCACAGAUUUACUAGUCCAGGGAAUGGAAGACAACCAAGACGACAGUGACAUUUAUGGAAUUUGCGCUCACUGCGGGAAAAAAGUCGAAGGUGAAGGCACCGGGUGUUCGGCAAUGGACAAAGUUUUUCAUAUCGACUGUUUCUGCUGCUUUGUAUGCCGCGUAAAUUUACAGGGAAAGCCUUUUUAUUCACUCGAGGGUAAGCCCUACUGCGAGGAAGACUAUUUGAAUACUUUAGAAAAAUGUUGCGUCUGCACCCGGCCAAUUCUCGAUCGCAUUUUGCGCGCAACUGGGAAACCCUACCACCCAUCUUGUUUCACCUGCGUCGUCUGCGGGCAAAGUUUGGACGGGAUUCCCUUCACUGUCGACGCGACCAAUCAGAUCCACUGCAUCCAGUGCUUCCAUAAAAAAUUUGCUCCCCGUUGCUGCGUCUGCAAGCUUCCGAUUAUGCCAGAGCCUGGACAGGAUGAGACCGUCAGAGUCGUAGCUCUAGAUCGCAGCUUUCAUAUUCAGUGUUACAAGUGCGAGGACUGCGGGCUGCGUUUGUCAUCAGACGCCGAAGGCAGUGGCUGCUAUCCGCUCGAUGACCAUGUUCUCUGCAAGAGCUGCAACGCAAAACGUGUACAGGCACUCACUUCUCAUAUGACUACUGAAUUGUAAAAUAUAAUCAAGGUGCCAUAUUUUUAUUCGUUUAUACUAAUAGCUUAUAAGUUUAUAAACAUUCCAAUAGUCUAUUUGUUCAGUAUUUUUGAGAAAAAGUACUGAAUAUUUUUUUUAGUAUUUGUAUUUUCUAUAAUAUAUUUUAUCUUAUUAUUUUAAAUUAAAUAAAGUAUUAGAUUUAAUUGUAAUCAAAACAAAAUUUAAGUAUCAAAAACUACUUGUCAUAUUUAUCUCCCAAACUAUCACUCCUACGAAAAAAUUUAAUCAGUAGAAAAUUAUCUAGAAUUGAAUAUCCUCUGGAAAGAAUACCAACAAGCCCUACUUAUUCCCAAUUUUUACUAAAUUAAUCAUAUUAACAACAUUCGUAAGUACUCAGUACAUUUAUCUGCCAAACUAUCACUCCUACGAAAAAAUUUAAUCAGUAGAAAAUUGUCUAGAAUUAAAUUUCCUCUGGAAAGAGUACCAACAAGCCCUACUUAUUCCUAAUAUUUACGAAAUUACUCAUAUUAGUAUAAUAUUUGUAGUUAAAAUAUAGAAAAAAUUGAGGUAAAUUUUAAAUACAACUAUUUGGUUAUAAUAAUAGUGACUGGUAAAAAUCAAGACUAAGACGAUUAUCAAAAGUAAGCUAUUGUUUAUUUAUAAACAUUUUAUUAAAUAGUAACAAUUAAAUACAUUUACAUUGACAUUUAUAUUAGAUUAAUUGACUGUUAAAACGCACACAUACACCCGUAUAAUUAUUCCAGUAAAUUAGGAUUGUUAUUAAAAUUUCUAUUGUGAUAAAUAAUGAAUAGUUAAUGGAUAUUUGUAAUCGAUAAAAUAUAUAUAUAUGACUAUAAGAUUUGUUUUUAUGCAACGAGUCUUUAUUGAGAUUUGUUGAUUAUUAUUAUCUUUAUGUAUGGCUUUGUAUUUAUAAUUUGAUAAUAAAUUUUAUCAGUAAAUAUUUCAAUGAUUGUUGAAUUAUUAUCUAUCCAUUAUACAAAAAUUGCAGUGGACUCUAGAUAGGCUAAUUGGGUGACCUGAGUCUGGAGUUUUUCAGUUAGUGUUUGUUUGUAUUUUUUUAAUAAUAUUUUACCCACUCUUGACAAGUGUAUUAAAAAAAAUUAAUUUUGUAAAAUUUUAAAGAUAAAAAAUUUCAUGUUUUAAUCAAUUUUUAAAAAUGUGUGCAGACAAACUUACAAAUAAUUGCCAAAUUUUUUUACAAAGCAUAAAUUCGGUGGUUAAAAAAAAUUAUAAUAAUAUAUGAGAACAAUAAUAUAUAGGCAUAAAUAAUUGAAAAUUUAUUUAUUUAACAUUUGUAUUAUCAUUAUAAUUUUAUUAUAAUUGCUUUAAAUAAAACAAAGGUAAAAAUAAUGUUGAUAUGCACAAAACUAAAAAUAUAUCACUCGUAAAUAUAUAUAUUAUAUUAUAAACUGGUCCUCGAUUUACAGUAAUUAUUAACAUUAUAAUACUGUUGUUCUGUUUGUUUACUUAUUAAUUAAAUGUAAGAUUAUUUAUCAGUUAAUAAAUAAAUAGAAUAAAAAUAUACAUAAAUGCAAUCACAUAAUUAAGAUGCGUGAAUAGAAAUCAUACUUUUUACAUGAGUAUACAAUAUGUAAUUGUAUCGUACAUACACAGAAAAGAGUAAUGAAUUAACUCAUCUUAAGGGGGAUGAUAGCCACUGUGAAAUUUAAGAAAAAAAAUUUUUUUUCUUUAUUAAAUCAAAGUUAAAAAAAACUACUUUUUUUGAACUGGUGGCAUCUAUAAUUUACAUAAAUAUGAACCGAUUAACAAUUUUUUUUUUAUGCAUACAGAUUACAGCGCGACUUGGUUUUUUUGUUUCAGAUAAUCCGUUUUUGAGUUAGAGAUGACACCGUGGUGGGGGAAAUUUUUGUGGUGCUCCACAAAAAUGUGUAUAUCAUUAUAAUAGCAUGAUAUUUUUUAAUAAAAAUUUAGGAGAAUUAUCUUCAAUGUAUACUUUAUAAAACAAAAACAAAA